AUGCCCAAGGAAAAUGUAACCGCAGAACAUCUUAAAUCCCUUAAAGUUCAAGAAGCAGAAAAUAAAAUGCAGCAUGACUUGGAUAGACUUUUAGAACUUUGCCCAAGCGAUGAAAUCGAAAAAUAUCGUGAACUUUUUCGAAAUUUUAUGACACUAUUUAAAAGAUUCCUGUUAAAAAGUGAAAAAGUUCAAUGGCAAGAAAUACGGUCUUUACCACCAGAGUACUUAAUUGACUAUAAUAGUUUCAACAAUCCCGGAAAAGACAUUAUAAAAGGAAUGCUUGAUAAAUUAGUUGUAGUAAAAUUAAAUGGUGGAUUAGGGACCACUAUGAAAUGUAUGGGUCCCAAAAGCUUAAUACCAGUUCGAAAUGGCUUGACGUUUUUAGACCUCACCAUUCAACAGAUUGAAAACUUAAACACGGAAUAUGAGACCAAUGUACCUUUAGUCUUGAUGAAUUCAUUCAAUACUAAAGAUGCAAUUGGAGAUACCUUAAAAAAGUAUCGCAAUCUAAACAUAAAAAUUUAUACAUUCAUGCAAGACAAAUAUCCUCAUAUAAAUGCAGAAAAUUUUGAGCCACUACCUAAAUCUUUUGAAAAUGACGAAUCAUUCUGGUAUCCACCGGGUCAUGGUAAUUUUUACGAAUCUUUUAGCAGAUCUGGUCUUAUUAAGAAAUUUCAGGAAGAAGGAAGGCAGUUAUGCUUUGUGUCAAACAUCGACAAUUUGGGAGCUACAGUAGAUUUUGCAAUUCUUAAUUUUAUGCUGAAUAAUUCUAAAAGCAAUGGACCUGAUUUUUUGAUGGAAGUGACACAUAAAACUCCUGCUGAUGUUAAAGGUGGUACUCUUGUUUUGCACAAUGAAAAAAUUCGACUUUUAGAAUACGCAGAGGUCCCAUAUGAGCAUCUUGACGAAUUCAAAGGUGCAAGGAAAUUUAAAUAUUUUAACACAAACAAUUUAUGGAUGAAACUUGAACCUAUUAUUAAUUUAACAACAAAUAAUGAGUUGGUAUUGGGUGUAAUUGAAAAUAAGAAGAGAAUGGCAAGUGAAAGGGGCAUUUUCGAUGUGAUUCAACUAGAGACACCUAUUGGUGCAGCUAUUCAGUCUUUCCCUGGAGCUCUGGGCGUUGCUGUACCAAGAAGUAGAUUCCUACCAGUUAAAUCCACAUCGGAUCUUUUUCUUCUUAGAAGUAAUGUGUACAUACUAAAAGAUGGUAAAAUAGUUAUGAAUCCUCAACGAUCUUUUCCUUCGGCACCUCUUGUUAGACUUGGUGACGAGCAUUUCGGUGACUAUCGAGACAUUGAUAAAAGGUUUGCAAAGAUACCGGAUUGCAUUGACCUACACCAUCUGACAGUUUCUGGAGACGUGACGUUUGGAAAAGAUGUCAGUUUCAGCGGAAAUGUCACCAUAAUUGCUAAUCACAAAGAAAGAAUUGAUAUUCCUCAAGGAUCCGAACUUCAAGGGAAAAUUGUAACCGGAUGUCUUAGAAUUGUGGAUUAUUAA